ACCUAUUACAAAACGAAAACAUGCUCAUCGUCGUCUACAAUCGAUUAAUCGCAGGUUAUGAAUCUUGAUUGAAAUCAUGAGACAACAGCUUAAAAGAAAUUUCCAAAAGUUUUACACCAACUUCAUACAUCAUCAGUGAAACAAAAUACACAAACUUAAUCGGAACUCACAAUACUUUCAACAAAACCAUUACAUAGAAAGAAAUCUAUACCAUCAUUAUUCAACGGGUAGUAGAAGAAGACAAUAUGAAUGAAGAAGACAUCGACAUCGAAACAGAAGAAAAUAAACCACAACUCAUUGAACCUCACCCUAUGACCAUUGAAAGAAAUGAAAUGGAUAGAAUCAAACAAGACCCGAAUUAUGUUGAUCUUUGUCCUUGGACUUCAAGAAAACAUUGUAGACAACAACAAGUCGAAUGUAAAAAAGUACAUUAUCGACCGGAUAUCAGACCACACACAGAUCUUGGUUUAGGCGAUUGUAGUUACCUAAACACAUGUCAUCGAAUGGAUACUUGUAGAUACCUUCAUUGGAUGGUAGAAGAUCCUGUUUCGAUUGAAAAAUCCAUGAAUUCACCUCCAAGACAAUUAUCAAAACAAAAUCUUGUUCCUGCUCAAUGGGUUAAUUGUGAUUUAAGAGCUUUAGAUGUUGGAAUCUUGGGUCAAUUUGAUGUAGUCAUGAUGGAUCCUCCUUGGGAUAUUCAUAUGAGUUUACCAUAUGGUACCAUGACAGAUGAUGAAAUGUUAAAGAUGCCAAUUGCACAACUUCAAAGAGAUGGAGGACUAGUUUUUGUUUGGGUCACAGGUAGAGCUUUAGAAUUAGGUAGAGAUUGUAUGAGAACUUGGGGGUAUGAAAGAAUUGAAGAAAUUGUUUGGGUCAAGACUAACCAAUUACAAAGAUUGAUUAGAACGGGUAGAACGGGACAUUAUCUUAAUCAUAGUAAAGAACAUUGUUUAGUAGGAUUUAAACGGCCUUUGAAUAGAGCAGAAGGAACAAUGACAGCUGAAGAAGUUCAAAACGCUUUGAGUUGGGUACAGAGAGGUAUCGAUACCGAUGUGAUUGUUGCAGAAGUCCGUGAGACGUCAAGGAAACCUGAUGAGAUAUAUCAGAUGAUUGAACGCGCUUGUCCUGGUGGUAGAAAAUUAGAACUGUUUGGUCGACAACACAACUUUCGACCUGGAUGGAUUACAUUGGGAAAUCAACUUAGUAGUGAUUGCUUAUAUGAGCAGGAAACUGUGAACAGGUUUAAUGAGAGGUAUCCAGAAAGGAAUUUAAAAUGUAUGACAACUACAAAGAAUGUAGGAAAUGUCAAGGAAAGCACUUGAAGAUUACGAUUAAAGGUCAUAGUCAAUUUGGUUUGAAGAAAUUUUACAAUUGAAGCUUAUCACUUCUGGUUGAUGACAGGUUUGUGAGACUUUUGUUUUGGAUGUAGGAUAAGUUUUGGAUUAGUUUGAUUGCAUAUCUUGAAAAGCAUUGUGAACUUUGUAAAGUUAUUUUUUUUGUAUUACUUGAUUUCAGAAUUGAUGAUUCAUACCUUGAAUAGGCUUGAUUAU